AUGUCUAAAAUCGCAACUCUUUGCUUAUUUUUGGUCCUUCUCGAUGUGUGUAAUGGAUGUGCCGGAUUAUUUGGAGGUGGUGGAGGUGGUUGCUGCUGUCAAAGUGGUUGUGGUCGAAAGAAGCGAAGUGUAGAUGACGAAGAGGCACCGGGAUUUCAAUUUCGAGGAAUUGCGAGUAAAGCUGAUGAUAUGUUGUGCAAUAGUCCGGAUAUGAAGGCGUUGAUUCAAGCGCACAUGAAAUCCAGUCCACAAGCUUCUAGCAAAUCCCUACAAGUCGCUCUGGAGGACCAUGACCAGCAUCGUUAUGUUGUCGUUUGCUCGGAAAACCGAUUUCACUACUCGGUGAAGCACGACUCGGCGUACUGUGGAUCCAGGAACGGGACACAUUAUUGUCAGGCGUUUGCCAUUUAA